UAGCCUCACACCCGAACCAGUGCCCCCUGUGCCCCUACCCCCUUUGCAUGCACCGAGCCAUUGUCGCCCCCUCACACGCCUGCAACCUGUCGUCUGCUAGCAGCCAAUCCCCAGCUUCCUCUCCCUCCUGCCCGCCAGCCAUCACCGGCCUUGCUCUGCACCCAAUCGCACACCUCUGGCCUCUGCGCGCCUGAUCGCCUCUGCCCGCGCCCAGCCUGUGCCUCUGCGCGCCUGCACUCUGCGCCACUGCCUGCACUCUGCGCGCCCAGAUCGCCUGCACUCUGCCCCUGCACACCCGAGCCAUCAUGUCCCUACGCCCCUGCUGCUGCACCAAAUCAGCCCUUGCCGCCUGCUGCGCCGAACCCACGUUGCUUGCACGCCUGCACUCUACGCCAGCAAUCAUGCCCUCUGCACCGAGCCAUGCCCCUGCCUCUGCUCGCUAUAGUACAUGCCAGACAAAGUCUUCAUCAUUACUGAUUGACGGAUCAAGUUUUUAUUUUAUUUCAUCUUAUUUUAUUUGGGUAUAUAUAUAGGAAAAAUCAGAAUGAAGAGGGGGAUUUUUUUGGAGUUCGUUUGAGGUUUUUGCUGGGGAUUCUCGGGUUCCUCUUGGAGCUGAAGGGGGGGUUGGAGAGUUUUUUGAAGUUUGAUUUAGAGGAAGGGUCUGUGGUUGAUUGAUAUUUGGAGUUUGAUUUUGAGUGGAUUUUGGAGUUCGGUUUUUGGGGGUUUUUCUGGUUGAUUUUCGGAGCUGGAAGGGGAUUUCUUCUGGUAUUGAGGCCGGGGGGUUCUGAUUUAGGAGUUUGAUUUGGGAGUCAUUGUUCUGGGUUUCGGGGGAAAGGAGAGAGAAGAAAACCGAGCUGAUUCCGGCAAGAUUCCGGCGAUAUUUCAGCCUCCUUUUGCUAGGUAUUUUCCUGCAACAGAGGAGUCUUUUUGGGGAGGCAGUGAGGGGAAUGAUCUGGGCUUGAUCCCGUGGGUGGGAUUCCCCAGAUCGGACUCCGAUCUGUUACCCGAAAAGCUCCGCCGUGCUUGUUUCUUUGUCUUCCUGCUUCUGUGAUCUGCUUUUAUGUUAUUUAUGUUUGUAUUUGUUUACUGAAAAUCAAUGAAAAAUAAAAAAAAUGUCCAGUU